UGGCCGCUCUCAGGUUACUCUCUGCUGCUACUUUCUGCUACGAGUCGUUGCUAUCGUAAAGAAUCGAGCACGUAGUAUAAUUCAACGACGAGUCAGAUAUCGUUCUUAUUUUCCAGUUAUAUUCAACAACAAGACAACAAAUCAUUAUAUUUUCCAAUUGUACAACUCAACAACAGAUUGAACGCAUUUUUGUAUUAAUACACAUAACAAUUAAAAAUUUAUCUUUAUUGAUCAGCUGAAUUUAAUAAUGUGAACACGCGAGCACGUAUUUUGCACAUGGUACAUGUGUACGUGUGAGGUUAUCAUUACUCUUGGAUAGAGGGUAUGUGAUAAUUUGGUUCUCUAUAAGAAUUAAAUUAAACAAAUACAUUAACAAGAUGAAGGAGGUUGAUCUUGUUGGCUUUACCGAUCCAAACGCAAUCAGCGAUAAUGAGGAUACUGAAAUCGCCAAUAUUAAAAAGAAGAUUUCCAAAAAAUCUGGAGGAUUUCAGUCCAUGGCUCUUACUUUUCCAGUGUUAAAAGGGAUUCUGAAACGGGGCUACAAAAUACCUACACCUAUACAAAGAAAGACAAUACCAUUGGCUCUUGAAGGAAGAGAUAUAGUAGCAAUGGCUAGAACGGGUAGUGGCAAAACAGCCUGUUUUUUAAUUCCAUUAUUUGAAAAACUCAAGACAAGACUGGCUAAAACUGGUGCACGUGCUUUAAUAUUAUCACCAACACGUGAAUUGGCAUUACAGACAUUGAAAUUCAUAAAAGAGCUAGGAAAAUUUACAGGACUGAAAGCAGCUGUGAUAUUAGGUGGUGAUAGCAUAGAUGAUCAGUUUAGUGCAAUUCAUGGAAAUCCUGAUAUUAUUGUAGCUACACCUGGUAGAUUCUUACAUAUUUGUGUAGAAAUGGACCUGCAGUUAAAAAAUGUUGAAUAUGUCGUCUUUGAUGAGGCUGAUAGAUUAUUUGAGAUGGGCUUUGGCGAGCAGAUACACGAAAUUGUGAACAGAUUACCAGAGUCACGGCAAACAUUAUUGUUUUCUGCUACUUUACCCAAAGUUUUAGUGGACUUUGCAAAGGCUGGUCUGAGUGAUCCAGUUCUACUUCGUUUGGAUGUUGAGAGUAAAUUGCCAGAAGGAUUAGAGUUAUCAUUUAUUACAUGUCGACCUGAAGAGAAAUUGGCUGUACUUUUAUGUUUAUUAAAGAGAGUGAUAAAAGAAGACUCGCAGAUAAUUAUAUUUGCGGAAACCAUGCAUCAUGUGGAAUAUAUACAUCAGAUAUUGGACAAAGCUAAGAUCAUCAAUACCUUCAUUUAUUCGAACCUGGAUCCUUCUGCACGUAAGAUAAAUACAGCAAAGUUUCAAACCGGCAAAGCAAAAGUCCUGAUUGUGACAGAUGUCGCUGCUAGAGGAAUAGAUAUACCACACUUGGACUGUGUGAUCAACUUCAACUUCCCUGCAAAAUCUAAACUUUUUGUACACAGAGUAGGACGAUGCGCUCGGGCCGGACGUGCUGGAACAGCAUACAACAUCGUGAGCGUAGAUGAAUAUCCAUAUCUUCUCGACUUGCAUCUAUUUCUUGGCCGACCUUUACUGAUAGUACCUGCCACUGGAUCUACUGAGAAUAUGGAAUCUGCGGUGGGAAAGAUGCCGCAGACCAUGAUAGAAGAGGAGCUGGCCGAGCUGAUAAAUUGGCACAACAAUUCUACAGAUCUUACGAACAUGCAGAAGGUGUGCAAUAAUGCUUAUCAGCAGUAUGUGAGAUCGCGGCCGGGUGCUUCGACGGAGAGUGUCAAGAGAGUUAAGGAACUUCGCAUAAAUGCAGCCGGAGUUUUGCCGCAGUAUUCCGAUGGUUCUUCUACUGCUAUGGACUUGAUAUCGAGAAUGAAGAACUACCGGCCGCAGGGAACGAUAUUUGAAAUCGGCACGAAGACAUCGUCAAUCGAUUAUCAAGUAAUGAAAACGAAACGAGCAUUUCACAAGGAAAAUAUCCUCAAUUUCCACAAGAAGAUCGAGAAACGUGAAGCUGACAAAAUAGAUACGGAGUCAGAAUUAUCACAGAAAGUUGAUCUGCCAUCCAGUAACACAGAAGAUAUUAACUCUGCAUUCAACACAGUGGUAGUACCGAAGAAACGAAGCGGUGACAAUUUGUACAAGAUAUCAAAGAAAAGAAAACGCCAAACGAAACGGGACGAAGAAUUUUACAUACCAUAUUCCGCACCGGAUAAGCAUACGGAGGAUGGUUUAGCGGUCAAUACGUUUAGCACAGAAGCUGAUAAGGCACAGAUGGACUUAACGGUAGACAAUGAGCAGUCUCGACAUCUACAAACUCAACUGAAGAAAUGGGAUCGGAAGAAAAAGAAAAUGAUUACCAUUGAUAAGAAUCCGAAAGCGGGAAAGAUACGUACCGAGUCGGGUGUAUGGAUACCUGCUUCAUACAAAACAAAUCGUUACAAUAUGUGGAAAGAGAAGAGUAAAAUCGAGGAAGCUAAUGAAGACGAGGAGGAAUCGGCAGAAAUGAAAAAACUACGCACGACACCGCACACACAUUGGGCGCGGCAUAACCAGAAGCUUAAGAACAAAAUGAGAGCGAAGGAUGAACUGAAAAGACCGGAACAGAUCUUGAAAGCGCGCAAGCUGCUCGAGAGAAAGCGCAGGAAAAACGGCAGAAAGGGCCGUAAAGGUUCGAAACAUGGCAAGAACAAGCAUUGAAAGAAUUCUGAUGAGAAGGACGCAUUGUCGUCUCGAUGAUGAGAGGGAUUGUAACAUAAUUAAAGGAUAGGAUUCGACCUUGCAUCAUCAUAGUGAGUGUACAGUUGCAUAAUCGCGAGGUCUCGCUGUCGGUAAGGUAUCAAGACGAUUGGCUGGGCUUGCUUUCCGCGAAGCCUUAAGAAAUUCCUGCGUCAUGCGGACGAGCAUGCGACUCCCGCCGCUGGCGAGAAGGAAAAAAAAACUACGCCCUGGUGCGGUUGUAAAUUUUAUCGAAUUAACCGAUGACGUCGGAAAUUUAUAUCCGAGCGUCGUGAAGAUCAUGAGAGUGGUUGCAUGACGAAGUGCACGACGAGCGAUUAAUUUCCGCGAACUCGCGAGAAAGACGUUUGACUGGUCUCCACUGUGAUCACAUCUUAGGAAAAUUUUCAACACGACAAGACGUGUCUCGCGUCGAUGUGACAAUAGGUUUGCAGGCUGUAGAAAAUACAGAAAAAGCGUCUGAAAUAAAUUGAGAAUAAUUGAGACAUCGAUCUUUGUCAGACGGUCAUAUCGACCAUUAUUAACAGUCAAUUAACAUUAGAUUGGUUCGUUAAUCCUUCUACUCGUGUUGUGACAAAUCUGUCCCUUCUGUUUCGUAGAAUAUAUCUAGCCAGUAAUCUAGAAAAGAAAGUGAUAAGAGGAAAAUAAAUUGAUACUGACUGAGACAGCGGGUGAAACUGGAUCUAAGGGAUUCAGAUUACUUCUAUCUCAGUUUUCUUCGAGAAACUAAUAUCUCUCGCCUCUCUCUCUCGCCUCUCUCUCUCGCCUCUCUCUCUCGCCUCUCUCUCUCGCCUCUCUCUCUCGCCUCUCUCUCUCGCCUCUCUCUCUCUCUCUCUUUCUACAGUUUAUACGUGAUAUAUCCUUCAUCGCUUAAUGUCGUCAAACUGUCACUAAUUUUAUCAGAGAGGCAUGCUCGUGAUAGCCUUCGCGAUCACUACUAACGUUUUCCUCUUUUCUCUCUCUCUCUCUCUCUCCCUUCCCAUCUUCCGUUAUUUUCUCUCUCUUCCCAUCCUUUCCUCUCACAUUCUCGCUCGCUCACUCGCUCUCUAUCCGCGAUCUUACAAUAAACGUAUCUAGCUCGUCUAUUUGUCUAUUUGUCUCCCUCGUGCGUGGCGUCGAGAUCGACCUUCCCCCUGCGCAAACGCUUUUAGCUCGGCCGAGGAGAACAUCUGCGGCUGUACAACGCAGCUUGCAGCCGACCCUCCGGCCGAAAAUAGAGAUCAUUAUGAUAGAGCAUCUGCAGCGUGCGGGUGCAGGGACGGGUAAAGAGAACUCUCAGUGAAGUACGGGAAGAGCCGAGUCUACCGGCGAGGAAGAUUAUGUAUUUUUGGAUGUGCGUGCCACGAUUACUACAUCAGUCUUACAAGCACAAAGUCGUCGAGCCGAGAUACAUGGGGUUCUCCAUCGCGAUCAGUCAGCUUUGAAAUACACAAUGUUACACUCCUAUCUGAAUCUCGUCAUUGAUAGUUACACAGUCAGCGUCAUAACAACUCGCGAGUUGUUGCGAUAAGCGAAGUGCUGAUAAACCCAAGUCGUCCUAUCGACUA